UGUUUGUGUGGUGAAGUUGGACUGCGCGUUUGCAACGUGCUUGAGUUUGAUUUGGUGUUCAUUCAACAACUCGCACACAGCCGAUUGCACUGUUGGCGGUAAGGAAUGCUAACGAACAACCUGUUCCUAUCGUCUCGAUAUCUUCACCAUCAAUCGCCAAGAAUGAUCCGUUUUUCUUCACUCAGAUGGUGGAAAAACAAUCUCGAAGUUGGGCAAAUGCAUCGUUGUGCGGCCAAUGAAGCGGAGCAGGGGAAGCAGGAAACAAAGACUCAACAACCUACGAUGGAAUCGAAACGAGCUGAUAAAAAGUUUUCCUUUGCCGGAUCUGUGGAAGAACGAAUUUCUCCUAACGAAUACUUCAAGCUGCGAAGUGUCGCCGUGAGUGAGCUAAAAAAACGUCCCGAAACGCAUCCUUAUCCGCACAAGUUUUGCGUAACAAUUUCGAUUGGUGAUUUCAUUGGCAAGUAUAAGGAUAUACCGGUCUCCGGUACGCUGGAUGAUGUGAGCGUCAGUGUGGCGGGACGGGUGCAUGCAAUCCGUGAAUCAGGUGGCAAGCUGAUAUUUUUCGAUCUUCGCGGAGAAGGGCAGAAGCUGCAAAUCAUGGCCAGUGCAGCGGGGUAUCAAAACGAGGAGCAAUUUCACGACGAAACUUCACGUUUGCGACGUGGCGACAUUAUCGGUGUGACAGGAGCGCCGGGUAAAACGAAGAAGGGAGAGCUGUCGGUAAUGGCAAAGCAAAUACAGCUGCUGGCACCGUGUCUGCACAUGCUGCCCCAUCUGCAUUACAGAUUGAAGGAUAAAGAGACUCGAUACCGACAGCGUUACCUGGAUCUUAUGUUGAACAACGACGUUCGGUCUAUCUUUGUAACUCGAGCUAGGAUCAUUAGCUUCAUACGUCGAUUCCUGGACGGUGCGGGCUUUCUGGAGGUGGAAACGCCAAUGAUGAAUAUGAUCGCUGGUGGAGCAACCGCCAAACCAUUCGUCACGCAUCACAACGAUUUGGAUAUGGAUCUGUUUCUUCGCAUUGCGCCCGAGCUGUACUUGAAGAUGCUGACCGUGGGUGGGCUUGAUCGGGUGUACGAAAUAGGACGGCAGUUUCGCAAUGAAGGCAUGGAUGUGACCCACAAUCCGGAGUUUACCACGUGCGAGUUCUACAUGGCGUAUGCAGAUUAUAACGAUCUCAUGGAAAUCACGGAGCAGCUUUUAUCUAGCCUGGUGUACAGCGUCCACGGGUCGUUCAAAGUCAAGUACCAUCCUGAAGGUCAUGGAGGUGAUGAGGUUGAGAUUGAUUUUACUCCACCGUUCAAGCGUAUAUCUAUGAUUGAUACACUGGAGGAUGUUUUGAGCGUAAAAUUUCCCCCCGCAGACCAAUUGGACACACCGGAAGCGGCUAAAUUUUUAGAGGAACUCUGCCAACAGCGCAACAUAGACUGCCAACCACCGAGGACAACUGCACGAUUGCUGGAUAAAUUAGUGGGUGAGUUUUUGGAAGGCAAUUGCCACAAUCCAACAUUCAUUUGUGAUCAUCCGCAAAUUAUGAGCCCACUGGCAAAGUACCACCGCACUCGCUCCGGUUUGACGGAGCGAUUCGAGCUGUUUGUAAUGGGGAAAGAAAUCUGUAACGCUUAUACCGAGCUGAACGAUCCGGCUGUGCAGCGGCAACGGUUUAAGCAACAGGCAGCAGAAAAGGCCGCCGGAAAUGACGAGGCCCAGCUGGUAGAUGAGAACUUUUGUACUGCCCUGGAGUAUGGUUUACCGCCGACAGGAGGCUGGGGGUUGGGUAUCGACAGGCUGGCCAUGUUUUUAACCGACUGUACCAGUAUUAAGGAAGUGUGGCUCUUUCCGGCCAUGAAACCAGAUGAAUCAAUACGCAAAAGGGGCAACGGUGGUGCCUGAUUCUGAUUAAUCUUAGUCUUCAUUUGUUAAUCUUUUGCCAUUUCUAUUCCUAUUCCAAUAACUGGUAAAAUUUCUUUCUACAAUUCAAUCCGUAGUAACAUUCCAUUCAACUUGCCCUUUCUCUAAAAAUUUUAUCAAAUAUUUCUGGAUGUUCAAAAGUAAAGUUUCCAAUAAAUUAGAGUAGAAAUAAUA